AUGGAGACGGCGAGCGGCGGCGGCGGUUUCCCCCGGGCGCUGCCGCUGCUGCUGCUGCUGCCGGUGUUGCCGGUGUUGCCCCGCGCCGCCGCCGAGCAGGUCGUCCUGAUGGACUCGAAAGAAUCCCAAGCGGAGCUGGGCUGGACCUCACACCCGGCCAACGGGUGGGAGGAAAUCAGCGGCGUGGACGAGGAGUACAAACCCAUCCGUACCUAUCAGGUGUGCAACGUCAUGGAGCCCAACCAGAACAACUGGCUGCAGACGGGUUGGAUCGCCCGGCGCGACGGCCAGCGGAUCUUCAUCGAGCUGAAGUUCACCCUGCGGGACUGCAACAGCAUCCCAGGUGUGACAGGCACCUGCAAGGAGACCUUCAACCUCUACUACGCUGAGUCCGACGCCGAUUUGGGCCACAGCAUCCGCGAGAGCAAACACACCAAGAUUGACACCAUUGCUGCCGACGAGAGCUUCACGCAGGGGGACCUGGGCGAGAGGAAGAUGAAGCUGAACACAGAACUGCGGGAGAUCGGGCAUCUGAGCAAGCGAGGUUUCCACCUGGGCUUCCAGGAUGUGGGUGCUUGCGUGGCUCUGGUCUCCGUGCGGGUUUAUUACAAGAAGUGCCUCAGCACCGUGCAGAACCUGGCGGUUUUUCCAGAUACGGUGGCAGAGGCGGCUUUUGCCACGUUGGUGGAGGUGAAGGGCACGUGUGUCGAGCACGCCCGGGUGGAUGUGGAUAACCCCCCCCGGAUGCACUGCAGUGCUGAGGGAGAGUGGUUGGUGCCCGUCGGGAAGUGCCUCUGCAGCCCAGGCUUCGAGGAGAGGGACGGGAGGUGCAGAGCAUGCCUUCCAGGAUUUUACAAGCUCUCCCUCCGCCUCCCUCUCUGCUCUCCUUGCCCUGAGCACAGCUUCACGCAUGAGGAAGCCUCCACCUUCUGCUCCUGCCAGAAGAACUACUCCAGGUCCCCAUCAGAUCCUCUGUCUGCUUCCUGCACGCGCCCACCAUCUGCCCCAAGGGACCUGGUGUACAGCCUGCGCCGUUCCUCGCUGGUGCUGCAUUGGAGCGCUCCUGCCGACGCUGGCGGCCGCAGCGAUCUGACCUACAGCCUGUGGUGCAGCCGCUGCCCGGCGCCGCGGGGAGGCUGUGAGCAGUGUGGCAAUGGUGUGGGCUUCGUGCCGCAGCAGACGGGACUGGUGGAGCGCACCGUCACGCUGGUCAACCUGCUGCCCCACGCCAACUACACCAUCCGCGUGGUGGCCCUCAAUGGCGUUUCGGCCGGCAGCCCGCUGGCAGGGCAGCCCUACGCUGAGGUCAACGUCUCCACUGGGCUUGCAGUGCCAACUCCUGUCACUGACAUCCGCACCGAUAAAGUCGAGCAGAAGAGCAUCUCCUUGUCGUGGCAGGAGCCAGGCUUCCCAACCAACAGCACCGAGUACGAGGUCAAGUACUACGAGAAGGAUCAAAGAGAUCGAAGUUACUCAACUGUGAAAACCACCUCAACAGCCGUGACAGUCAAUAACCUGAAGCCUGGCACCCUCUAUAUUUUCCAAAUCCGGACAUCUUCCUCGCAGGACUACGGCAACUACAGCCCCAGCAUUGAAGUGGAGACAUUGGCUGACUUGACAGUGGCCUCAAAUGAGCAAAAUCCUGUCCUAAUCAUCAUAGUGGUGGCCAUCGCAGGGCUGACGGUGCUGGUGUCCAUGGUGGUCGGCAUGAUGGUCUGGAGGAGGCAGUGUGGGUACAGCAAAGCCAGCCAGGAUGGAGACGAGGAGCUUUACUUCCACUUUAAAAUACCGACCAGGAGGACAUACAUUGACCCGGACACUUGUGAAGAUCCCAUGCAGGCUGUGCACCUCUUUGCCAAAGAGCUGGAUAAUGCCAGUAUUAAAAUCGAGAGGAUCAUCGGGACAGGAGAGUUUGGAGAGAUCUGCCGAGGCUGCCUGAAGCUGCCCAGCAAGCGGGAGCUGCCGGUGGCCAUCCAGACACUGAGGGCUGGCUGUUCUGCCAAGCAGCAGCGCUGUUUCCUGGCCAAGGCGUGCACCAUGGGUCAGUUCGACCACACCAACGUCAUCCGACUGGAGGGAGUCAUCACCAGAGGGAGCACCAUGAUGAUAGUGAUGGAGUACAUGGGGAACGGAGUGCUGGACUCUUUCCUCAGGAAACACGAGGGCCAGCUCACGGCCAGCCAGCUCCUCAGCAUGUUGCAGGGGAUCGCUGCUGGCAUGAAAUACCUGGCAGAGAUGGGUUACAUACACAAAAGCCUGGCUGCCCACAAAGUCCUGGUGAACAGCAGCCUGGCUUGCAAAAUCACAGGAUUCAGACGGCCGCAGGAAGAUAAGAUGGAAACCAUCUUCUCCACCAUGCAUGGGAAGAGCCUGGUGCUGUGGUCAGCACCUGAAGCCAUCCAGUAUCACCACUUCAGCCCAGCCAGUGAUGUGUGGAGCUUCGGCAUCGUCAUGUGGGAGGUGAUGUCCUAUGGCGAGAGACCCUACUGGGACAUGUCCCACCACGAUGUGAGUGCCCCAGCUGCGUGCCUGAUGUCGUCGUAUGGCUCACUGUGUUUGGUGCAAUCUGUAUUCACCAUCCCCUCACCUCUCUGCCUCUCCUUGCAGGUGAUGAAGGCAGUGGAGGAUGGCUUCCGCCUGCCUGCCCCAGCACACUGCCAGCCACCGUUGCACCAGCUGAUGCUGGACUGCUGGCAGAAGGAGCGCAGCCAGCGCCCCAAAUUCUCCCACAUCCACGACGUCCUCAGCAAGAUGCUGCAGAGCCCAGAGCCACCUCCGUGCACCAGGUCCCGCAGCACCAUGCCACUCACCGAGCGCUCCUUCAUGGCUUUCCCAGCGUUCAGCUCUGUGGGAGAGUGGCUGGAAGCCAUAGGGAUGGGCAGAUACCGGGAUAACUUCACUGCUGCAGGCUGCUGCUACCUGGAGUCCGUGGCCAGGAUGACAGCGCAAGAUGUCCUGAGCCUGGGGAUCACUCAGGCAGAGCAUCAGAAGACCAUCCUGAGUGGCAUCCAGACCCUGCGGGCCCAGGUGAUCCAGAUGCAUGGCCGGGGCGUGCAGGUGUGACAUGGAACACAGAACCAAUGGAGCAGAAGGAGGUGCUGGCCCAUGUUGGACCAAAUCUCAGAAGCCUUGCAGUUUUGGGUGGGAUGUGGGAUCUGGUGGGCUGCUGCCAGAUGUGUCGUUCCGAGUGGUAAGAGGGCAGGGCAUGCCAUCCCCUGUGCUGGGGAAGCUGUGUUCCCAGGCACCAGGUACAGUGUACUUGGGUGGCUAUGGUUCUCCCCAUUGCUGCUCUGUAAGAUGAGUCAAACUGUAAUGACACCAUUUCACAUGGUAACUAGAUUAACAGGGUGGAUGAACAUUUCUGUUGCUGUCUUCAUCCAGAGCUGACAGCAUUUUCCUAUCUAGCAUCCUACUGGUGAAAUCCAUGGGUAUUUUUAUACAGGCUGACAUCUUCUACCAACCCCACCAGGAGCUUUUAUUGCUUUUAUUUUUAGAGGCUCACACCCAGCUUCAGGAAGGUGACUUUGCCCAUCUGGCACGCUGGAAGGAAGCUCUGUCCCAGCCACGUCCCUUCCACUCAGAGUCACCUUGCUGAAUUCUGACACCACUGUCAGUGAACAGAGACAAAUGUUCCCUGCCAAAGUGCAGUGCUGAAUGUUUGGAAGGUGCUUUUGACAAGACAAUUUCAGAGGAGGGAAUGGAAGGCUUUGAUGAUGAUAGCCACAGCCAAGAGAGGGCAAGUAGAGAAGCCUUGGGUUGCCCCGCUGAUGCUUUCAGCCUUUGCUGCCUUUUGUUCAGGUCCUAGUCCAUCAUUUCUCUGCGUGAGCCCACCAGGUGGGAUAGAAUUACAGAGCAGCAGCAGUGAGCAGGAACCUGCUGCCCUUGGAGGGCUGAUUGAUGCUAGAGCAGCUGGUGCUCCUUUGCCCCUUUUUCCUGCUUCUUGCCCUGCAAAAUCUUGCAGGCAUCCUGUGUCCUCAUUGGCAGUGGGGGAGGUGAUGGCACCAGGAGAUCCAGGGAGGCAGUGGGAGCGAGGUGUGCCCAUGGUGGCAAGCUGCUCCUUGCAGGUAGGAGACAUCUUCAGGAGUCUGAAAAAGUGGAAGGGUCUGAUUACCUCCAGCACUAACACAGACCCCGUGAGGUCUGCCAGCAGCUGCAUUUGCUUUGCAAUCCCAACACUGUACCAUAGCUUAGGGAAGUGGUAUAGAAAUAACCACUGGGUGCAGCUGGAUGUGGUACCCAUCCUGCAGAUAGAAACAGAGCAUUGCUGCGUGGCUGAGGGAUGGAGCCCUGGGUGCUGCUGGGCGCCAGGUGGGCACACAGCACUUUGUUUUGUAGCAGCUCUGCACAGCGUGCCUCGUGCAUUGGUGUUUCUGCUACAGGCCCAAUCUGUGACAGAAGGCAUAAAUAGCAUCUGCUUAACAAUACGAGGUUUUCUUUGAAGUUAGUUAAUUAAAUGGGUCUUUGUAGCCUCGUACAGAGCUUUGUAGCUCUUUUAUUAUCAUCUGUACGUAUUGCGAGUGAAUUAUUAAUGAUGAAAGACAAAGAUUUACAAAAGGAAUGAAUGCUGUGGAAGGUGUUCACAGUGCAGUUGGAAAUCUGUAUGCGGAGGAUUCAGAUCUUCUGCAGCUAACCUGUGCCGAGGGGAUGCAUCCAAAAGGCAUUGAGCUGCAGGGCACUGACACAGCUUGCUUGCAGGGCUGGCAUAGCACCCACCUGCCCAGAAUGAGGUCACAUCCAUCCUGGCCCCACAGCCUUCACAGUUGCUUUAAGGAUCCAGCAAAGCCCUGUUCCUGAUGGGUUCCUUCAAACCAGCACAGUGCUGUGCCCUCAGAGCCCUCUGGCUAGGCUUCUUAGAGCAGGGCUGUGAGUGCUCAGGACUACGUUUAACUUUGUUCAGCUGUUUCAAUGUGAUUGCAUUGGAGAUCAGAGCUCUUUGGCUGAACUCCAACAAGCGGAGUCAAGAAGGUGCUGGCUAAGUAUAUUUUUUUUCUGCCUCGUCUUGCCAUUUGAAGGCAGAGCUGCAGU